GAAGAGAAGAAGACAGCGAUUUGUUUCGAGGCUAUUAUUUAAAAAAUGGUAUAUUGAGAGUUAAAGAAACAAGAUGAAAAAAAUUAUUUCCUUCAGCGCAAAAUCGUUGGGAAAUUUAAAGGACUAUUGUACCUAUCGAUAGUUGUUUAAAUCGUCAAAAGAAUUCCGAGUCUCGUUUCUCCCAAAGUAAUGUCUCAAUACGGCUUUUGGUGUUGAUGUCUUCUCGCUAGAGAUGUAUCCUUCACCUCCUUUCACCGACGCGCAAAUUUGUAAGUGGCUCUUUCUCUAGUGUUCUAACUUCUGACUUACCUUCCACGAAGAGGAAGUAUCCCUCGGGAUUGUUCUCAAGUAUCCGAAGUGCCUUAAUCGUCAUCUCAGCCAGGGAAGGAUCGCCGGUGUCGUUCGUGUUUCGGUCGACGUCGAAGUCCAUGUGAGAAUAGGCGAAGAGACCUACGAAGAAGAGGAAAAAAAAGGGCGAGAACGAGCGACGCGACGGUGAACCGCAGAUCGUGGAAUCGUUAAGAGAGAGAUUUCCGGGGUCGGAUCACACGGAUGGAGACGGACAACGCAGGGCGCAUCUCUGAUUGCGAGCGGAACGACGUUCGGCAGCGAGACGUCUCGGAUGUUCCGGACACGUCGCGAUGGAGCGUGCCGGACGGAUGGCCGUUCAGGAAAGCAAGUUCACGCAGGGACUCGAUCGAUGCCCAAAAGGCCGUGAGAAUCGAUCUCGACCCGCUCGCCGAGGAAUACGACAUGAACCAUAAGAGGAGAGGAGUGGCUCUGAUACUAAACCAUGUUCACUUCGAGAGCAUGAACACGAGGAAGGGCUCCGUAAAGGAUUCGCUAGAUCUGAAGAUAUCAUUAGGCAAGCUCGGAUUCGACGUCCGGAUUUACACCGAUCCGACGGUCAAAGCUAUCGCCGCGACCUUACAGUCGACCGCUGCGGAAGACCACACGGAUGCCGACUGCCUGAUCGUGGUCGCAAUGUCACACGGUGAGUCGGGUCUAUUACAUUCGACCGAUAGCUUGUAUCCAGUCGAUAUGCUCUGGACUCCCUUCACCGGCGAUCGAUGUUCCACUCUGGCCGGGAAACCAAAGUUGUUCUUCAUUCAGGCUUGCCGCGGGUCGCAACUGGACAAAGGGGUGAAAAUUAUUCAUGAGACGGAUAGCAAGAGAACUACAUACAGCAUUCCCGCUUACGCGGACAUCAUGGUCGCAUAUUCCACUUAUGAUGGUAUGUAUAUAUGUAUUAUAUAUGCGUGUGACACGUAAGAAUAUACAGAAGGU